AUUCUCUCCCCAGCUGAAAAUUGUUAGGGAUAUGAAAAGCCAGCUGUAGAGCCAAAUCCUGAAAUCCAGAAGAGUUCAACUGUUCGCUGUAAACCACCUUAGUGCUAAACCCAGAAUGGGAUUCAACAUUAUCCAGUCAUUGCUCUUCUCUUCAUGCUGUGCUCUACUGAACUAAUCUUUUGGUCAUGGUUUUGAUGAAAUUGGUGAAGAUGUCAAAAGAUCUGAUUUCCCCGAUGGGGUUUUCUUUGGGGCUGGCACAUCUUCAUUAAUCAUAUCCGGCAUUGUUUUCUUCCAAGUUCUUGUCUUUGUUAUUGUUGUUGUCUUUAAUGCAAUUUAUCAGCAUUGGUUUUACUUUUUAUAUGGUACAGGUAGAGCGAUAAUAUCUUGAUGGUAAGGGUUCCAGCAAUUGUGAUGUUUUUACUCACAUUCUAGGUCAACCUCCUGAUCUUUCAAAAAAAAAAUGAGCUGAAAGGUGCCUGGAUCCUGGCCACACAGAUGAUUGAAAGUUAUGAAACCAGAAGAGUCAAAACCCAGGUGGGUUCAACUUUUUCUCUUCAUACUCCUAUCCCUUCAGUAUGGGAGUCACAAUACUCCGGCUUUUGCUAUUGUCCUUCAUUGUUUUGUUCCCAAGCUUGUCUUUUGCUCAUGGGUUUGGUGGAUCUGGUGAAGAAAAUGUCAAAAGAUCUGAUUUCCCAGAUGGGUUCCUCUUUGGGACAGGCACUUCAUCUUAUCAGGUAGAAGGAGCAUAUCUUGAAGAUGGCAAGGGUCUCAGCAACUGGGAUGUUUUUGCUCAUAUUCCCGGAAACAUAGUGAACAAUGACAAUGGAGAUGUAGCAGACGAUCAUUACCAUCGUUUCUUGGAAGAUAUUGACCUCAUUCAUUCUCUUGGUACAAAUGCUCACCGGUUAUCAAUUUCAUGGAGCAGAAUCUUACCCAGAGGAAGAUUUGGUGAAGUCAAUCCAAGUGGGAUCAAGUUCUAUAACAAAAUCAUAGACAAUCUCUUGAGCAAGGGAAUAGAGCCAUUUGUGACUUUGCACCAUCAGGACUUACCACAAGAAUUGCAGGACAGAUAUCAGUCUUGGCUCAGCUCUCAAAUGCAGGAGGAUUUUGUUUAUUUUGCUGAAAUUUGUUUCAAGAAUUUCGGGGAUCGAGUUAAGUACUGGGCAACGAUCAAUGAACCAAAUCUAUCUGCAGAUUUUUCCUACCUUAAGGGUUUGUAUCCACCAGGUCAUUGUUCAGCACCUUUUGGAAAUUGUUCAGAGGGUAAUUCUGAUGUAGAGCCCCUCAUUGUUAUGCACAAUAUGUUACUGGCACACGCCAAGGCCGUUAGGUUAUACCGUGAACUUUUUCAGCCAACACAAGGUGGUUCCAUAGGAAUAGUUACAUAUUCGUCCAUAUAUGAACCGCUGAGAGACGACGAAGCUGACAGGCAAGCUGUCAGUAGAGCCUUAGCUUUUAAUAUAGCCUGGGUGUUAGAUCCCUUGAUACACGGAGAUUAUCCCCAGGAAAUGUGCCAUUACCUCGGGAGUUCAUUACCAUCGUUCUCCUUGGAAGAAGUUGAGUAUGUGAAAGGCAGCAUUGAUUUUAUUGGCAUUAACCAUUAUGAAACUCUGUAUAUCAAGGAUUGCAUCUACUCUGCUUGCCCCUCAGGCUAUGAUCACCCUAUACGAGGUUUCAUCUACACAACAGGAGAACGUGAUGGCGUUCCAAUUGGAGAACGAACUGCAAUUCCCAGCUUCUUCAUUGUUCCAAGGGGCAUGGAGAAGAUUGUUGACUAUAUCAAGGAAAGAUACAAUAAUUCUCCAAUGUUUGUAACCGAAAAUGGAUAUGCUCCUCCAAAGCAACAAGAUGAACAACUGCAAGACCUACUGCUCGAUGUCAAACGAAUUAGUUAUCAUAAAGCCUACCUUGCCGCUUUAGCUAGGGUGAUAAGGAAUGGUGCUGAUGUACGUGGAUAUUUUUUAUGGUGCUUGAUGGACAACUUAGAAUGGAAAAAUGGUUACACCAUGAGAUUCGGACUCUACUACGUCGAUCGCCAAACACUUCAAAGGAUGCCAAAACUAUCUGCUAAAUGGUAUAGUGACUUCCUCACCAAUGGCACCAGUCAACACGUAAGUUCAUUCAAAAACAAAAAUUUCUUAUUGACCUGGGCUGGAAUAUAGUGAUUUAUCUUAUACUCUUUGUACAUUUCCUCAUUUUGAAUCCCGGUGUUUACGCUCCUGUUAAUACUGGUUGCUGUUUAAUAAAGUCAGCCUUCUUGUUUUCUCACUGAA